AUGGUACACAUUGCCCUUCAGAUAAAUCACACUGGAGAGGUGGUGUAUCAGAAUGCCAGUGUGUAUGGGGUUGUGGACAAAGCUGUGGUUCUCGAAUGUGGAGCAGCGUUACCUGAUUUAUACAUAUGGAGUUUCACUGAGCCAGGCACUGAUGCCAUCAAAGCAGUGCUCUACAAUUUGGGGAAAGGACCAAGGAUCCAGAAGUUAGCUCAGACGGUCGGACCAGUGACGAUCCUCCCAAACACGGCAUCAAUAAGCAUCAAGAAACUGCCUCUGGCUGCACAUGGCCUGUUCACCUGUCAGGCUUUCUAUGACAUCGAAGAUGAGCCUAUAGUUUACUACUAUUACGUAUAUCUGACUGUCCAAGUCUCCGUUAGUAAGCCGUACCUCCUGAUGAGCAACGCGUCCCCAAAGGAAGGAUCUUCUAUCUGGAUGCACUGCAACAUUGGAAAUGGGACUAAGCCAAUACAUUACACGUGGCAACAUCAACUGUAUAGUGAAAACUUCACAACGUUUGCACAGGGCAACACCACCUUCAUUAAUAUCACAAACAUUGUCCGUAACCAGACUGGCUGGUACCGCUGCACUGCAGGAAACGCCGUUAACAAAGAGAGCUCAGAAAAGUUAUGGCUCAAUAUCACAUUUGGCCCAGAUGUUCCUCAGAUUGACGUGACUUCAUACAGUAUAACAGAUCGAGGAUUCUCAGCUCUGGAAACUGAGCCGGUUUCUUUGUCAUGUCAAGCCCAGUCCAAUCCAGCCAGUCAGUAUAUCUGGUUCCACAACAACUCUCAGGUGUUCACCGGACCACAGUACACCAUUGCCAAGAUCCUCCGUGUGCACACUGGUGACUACACCUGCCUGGCACAAAACUCACACCUGAACACACGCUCCAGGAAAACCAUCAGCCUUACUGUCUACUACCCUCCAGCUGGCGCCCCCUCCUGCUCUGUGGAAGCAGCUCAGAAUCAUACGUCUCUUAGUCUUUUCUGCUCAUGGUCUGGUGGACUCCCUUCUCCGUCCCUUCACUGGACUGGGGAUGUAAUGAAAGCGGAACAGGAGGAAACAGAACUGCAAACAAAUCUACAAAACAGUGCUGCCAUCUUGCUGCCGUCUGAAGGCAGGAUUCCUAACAACAGCCUGUUCACUUGCAUUGGUGCACAUCCUGCCAGAAAAGAGCAAGCAGAAUGCAGGGCGCAUACAUACAUUCCUCCUGCAGAACCGGUGUGUUUUGCCUAUGUCACAAACACUCAGCAAUACCUGAUGUUGUCCUGCUCCUGGGAUGGAGGGGCCCCAAAGGCCCUAGUGUGGUGGGAGGGACCAGGGGGCCAAAGCAAAGGGGGACAAGAAAACUCCAACAUCCUGGUCCUCCGUUAUGGGACGGCCCGAAGUGGGAAACCGUACACCUGCUACGCUAAACACCCACUUCUGGUGGAAGCAAAGAGUUGUAGGCUCACACUGGAGGCCCCGGUGUUGUUGACGCAGCGCAGAGUCAUCUCUGUGUACGAGGGGAGUGACGUCCAGCUCACCUGCAAUCUGAGAGCUAAUUACCUUCCAGCCAAUGAAAUCACCUGGUUCAACAAUCAGGGCCUGGAUGUCCGAGACACUUCGAAGUACAUGCUGCUGCGGACGUCUGCCUGGGCCAACCUGACUGUGAGAGACGACGAGGUGCAGGACAGCGGAGAAUACAGAUGCUCCACUUCAAACGCAGUGGGAGGCGCUGAGAUCAACAUCACCCUGGUGGUCAAGAAAUACCCCAUGCCGCCCAACGCGACCCUGAUCAGAGCGACGUACAACAGCCGACAGCGUAACGAGGUGGAGCUGGAGUGGCAGGUCGACGGUACGGAGACUGGAGGAUGGACUGGUUUCCACCUGGAGCACCAGUGGGUGUCUGAGCGACCAAACAAGAGGGAGCAGCAUAUUUCACAGCUGCAGAUGGAGGAGAGGAUUGCCUCCAAAGACUGGUACCGUACCAUCAUCCAGGAUCCAAGCAGCAGGAGUCACACAGUUCGAGGCCUGACUCCAACCAUUACCUACCAGUUCCGCAUAACACCCAUCAACCACCGCACCGUCGGACACCCGUCUUCAACAAAAACUCCAGUGGAACUGCGUGACAACAUGUACCCUGCUGUGGUUGGAGCAGCUGUUGGUGGGAUGCUCUUUGCAGCCAUUCCUACUGUGCUGCUGCUUGUUUUCAUCAUACGUAACCGGGAUAGCAAUCCUCGACUGCAUGCAAUGCUUUUUGGCUCGCAGCACAGCCAAUCCAGAGAAAAUAUUAACUUCCCAGAGGAUGAGGUGGUUGCUGACUUAGAUGGUGGGCGAGAGAACACGACUGGAUCAGGUACAACUUCAGCAGAACCAAAGGCAUCAUCUUUUCUUGCUGCAGGCAAGCAUCUCCCACCGCAGUAACGCAAUGAGCCACUCACUGCCGUUUGCGCCAGCUGCAAGAUCAUAACUGCAUAAAUCUAAAUCAUUGGGUAUUAUUAAAUCCCGUAUCAUUUUUAUAAACUGUAGGCAGUUUGAUUUAUCACACAUGUCAUACAUUUUAUCAAUGUAUGAACAAUUUAUUUUAAGAAAUGAUUUGCUUCUUUAGGUAGUGACUGGGGUUUAUUUUUUAGUUAACUUUUCCACAGCUGCAGAAUAUGAAGGAAUGUAGGAAGCCAGAAAAAAAGAAAGAUAUAUGUUUGAAUGUCACCUUUACAGAAAAUUCACAACAUAAGGUUUUAUGUUUAUUUC